GGGGAACGGAAGAGAGAGCGAGGGACGUGUUUGGCAGAGGGACGCGCUGUUCCGCUGUGCUCUCGGUUUAGUUUGUGUCUUGGCGAUGUUUCCAAGGGUCUCCGCGAUCCUAGCUCUUCGCCCCCUCUCCCGCUUUCCUUCAUGCUCUGGAGGCUCAGAGGCCCCGGCGGCUGCGAUUGUGCUACUCGGUGCUCCGCACGGAACGGUCAGGACAAAAAAUAAUGCCCAAAGAUAUUUUGGCACUAACAAUGUGAUCUAUAGCAAGAAAGAUGAGCAGUCUGCUCCAACACCUGAGAUUUCCAAAGAAACAGAGAGCCAAGAGAGUGUAAAGGAGAAUAGAAAAAAAGACUUGUUAGGUAUUAUUAAGGGCAUGAAAAUUGAAUUAAGCUCAGUAAAUGUGCAAACAACAAGGCCAUCCAGCAGAAGACACCUUAAGAGUGUGGAAGCUACAAUUGCCAGGCUUCAAAAAGCUCCGGAGGAUGUCCCAGAGAAGAGAACCAAGUCCCUGAGUCCUGAGUUGGUAGCAGCUGCAUCUGCUGUUGCAGAUUUUCUCCCUUUUGAUAAGCAGACAACCAAGUCAGAGCUGCUUAGGCAGCUCCAGCAGCAUGAGGAAGUCUCAAAUGCACAGAAAGAUGGAGAAAGAGCUAAAAUUAGUGUCAGUAACAUAAUAUCAGAUAUGAAAGUUGCCAAAUCUGCCACAGCUAGAGUUAGCACAAGACCAGUGCAUCAGAUUCAGUUUGAUGAAGGAACUGACAAUUACAUGGGACAGGAGACUGAUGAUCUUAAGAAAAGUCUUAGGAAAAAUAUGCUCAAAGGGAAAAGACUUAAUAUUUUUGACCUUAAGGCAGUUACUGAAGAGGCACCUGAAACAGAGACAGCACCUUCGCUUUGGGAAGUGGAAUUUGCUAAGCAGUUAGCCACAGUAAAUGAGCAGUCCCUUCAGAAUGGCUUUGCAGAGAUGAUCCAGUGGACGAGCGAGGGCAAACUGUGGGAGUUUCCAAUUAACAAUGAAGCAGGUUUUGAUGAUGAUGGUUCAGAAUUUCAUGAACAUGUAUUUCUGGAUAAACACCUGAAAGAUUUUCCAAAACAAGGACCCAUUCGCCACUUCAUGGAGCUGGUGACCUGUGGCCUUUCCAAAAACCCAUACCUGAGUGUUAAACAGAAGAUUGAACACAUAGAGUGGUUUAGAAAUUAUUUUAAUGAAAAACAAGACAUUCUAAAAGAAAGUGGCAUACAGUUCAAUUGAAGACCAUGAAAAUUUUUAUUUCAAGCUGUUGGUGAUGGAUAUUAUAACUAAAUAAAAUAAUUUUACUAGAA